AUGAUGAUUAGUGGUCAAUCAAAUAAGAAGUUAUCCGAGUCACCACGUACAGUUUUGCCUGGUCUAUCAUGGAAAGGUUUAAAACAAAAUUAUUCGUUGGUACCACUGCUUCUUAUUACGGUUUGUGGUGUCUCAAUAGCUGGAUUUUCGCUUCUUCGAUGGCUUAUUAAAAAUCCAUCUACUUCACUUACACACCAUCACAGUCCAGGUGAUCGACCAGAAGAUAAGGUUGAAACAGAAGAAGGAUAUAAAAAUACAAAAUUAAUUCACAUACAUGACUAUCGACAAAUUAAACAUGAUCCCGAUCGUCCAAAAUUAGACUAG